GCAAACUGAGGUGUCAAUGCAACUAGAAGUCUCACCUCCUUCAUUAGAGUUUAUCGUCCUAGUGCCCCACAGUGAACCAUGGCCGAGCAGCAGCACAAGAAGGAAGCGAUUGCCACCGAGCAGGCCGAGCUGGCCCCGAUGGAAAAGUCGUUCUGGUACAAGGAGGCUCUGACCGAGGACUUGUACCUGUCGGCUGCGCUCAAGACCAUCACGUUCGAGGCCAAGUCCAAGUUCCAGACCAUGCAGAUCAUCGAGACGCACUCGUUCGGUAAGACGCUCGUGCUGGACGGCAAGACGCAGUCGGCCAAGAACGACGAGGCCAUUUACCACGAGACGCUCGUGCACCCGGCCCUGCUGGCCCACCCGAACCCGAAGACCGUCUACAUUGGCGGCGGCGGUGAGUUCGCCACGGCCCGUGAGGUGCUCAAGCACAAGUCGGUCGAGAAGGUUGUGAUGGUCGACAUCGAUGAACUCGUGUGCAACAUGUGCCGCAAGGAGAUGCCCGAGUGGGCCGACGGCGCCUUCGAGGACCCGCGUCUCGAGGUGCACUACACGGACGCGCACGCCUUCCUCAAGCAGUACGACGGCACGUUCGAUGUCAUCAUCAUGGACAUCGCCGACCCCAUUGAGGCCGGUCCGGGCUACGUGCUGUACACGGAGGAGUUCUACAAGUACGCCAACUCGAAGCUCAACAAGGGCGGCUACAUGGUCACCCAGUCGGGCCCCGGCGCCGUGUACAACUGGGACGAGUGUUUCUCGUCCAUCUACUGCACGCUCAAGACCAACUUCAACACGGUCGUGCCCUACACGGUGGACAUUCCGUCGUUCGGCUGCAUCUGGGCCUUCAACAUGGCCACCAACGUGGAGGACGGUGACGGCGACGCCGCCGUGACGGCCAUCCGCGAGCGCAGCAUCGCCACGACCAACGCCCUCGUGGAGUCGCGCAUCAGCAAGCCGCUCCAGUUCCUCGACGGUGUGAGCCACAUGGGCCUCUUCGGCCUGCCCAAGGUCGUGCGUGAGGCUCUCGAGAAGGAGACGCGCGUUAUUACGGUGGACAACCCCGUCUUCAUGUUCUAAGAAGCCACUGUGCUGACCUUGUAAAUGCCAUUCCUACAUGCCAAUUCACAUCCACUCAUCUCCACUGUAUGCAAAUGAUAGAGCAGCAAAAGUCAACACAUCGUUGGGUAGGUUGAGCGAA